UAGUGCACUUUUCACGAACUUGUGCUACGUCAGAACCGAAAGGAACACCCGGAAACGAAACAAGAUACUGGUCUACUCCACUCAAAACGUCGUCUCUUAUUUCAAAAUCUCGUGUAGCGAUUGAGGAAUUUCCUGUUCGAUUUACAGUCUAUUCCAUUCAAACUGGAAGCAGUUGUUUUCAGCUCAAGUCAAGACUUAAUCAACCACCUUAUUCUUCUGACAUAGCCUGGAUGGAGGCUGAGGAUGUUCAAUUGCUUAUAACCCAGGUUCUUCAGACGUCACAUGUUUUCACUGAUGACAUCAAUACAAAACAAAGUAAUGAUCACAUAGAGCAUCCACCUAAAACUUUACCUUGUAGCAACGAAAAGACAAAAGAAUGUGCAGCAGACAACUAUAUCCAAAAACACUCAGUGAGAAAGUGUCUGAGCAAACAAAGUAAAGAUACCCUUGUUGAUAUAGGCAGCAUGUUUGAUCGAUGGCAGCAACUGAAAAAGAAACUUUGCAUCAGGAAAGACAAAGAUCUUGCAGGUUUUUUAUUAUGCCACUAUGAAAGCACUUCUGGACAAGCUCUUACUUCAACUGCUAACUGCAGCAGAUGUUUUUCCCCUCUGUCAUGCACAUGUGCCAAGUGUAGUGCUUCUAGGAAAGACCUGCAGUAUAAUGUGUCUUCACUGACAGUGUAUGAAAAGCAUCACCCUGAAUCCCGUUUACCUAAUUUUAUUGUUGUCACCACCUGCAGUGAACAAGAAGCAAAGGAGUCCAGCAUUACCCUAGCCUGUUCUGCCACUGAUUUGGAAGAAAUUACCUCAAUCGUUACACCUGUCCCACCAAUAGAAAGUGCACCAGCAGAAUGCACAGAAGAUUGUUCUGGUUCUGCUGAAGUUUUGCCUACCUCCUCAGAGAAGGGUUCAACUCCUUUAAAAGUUGAAGUUAUCACUGAAUCAGACACUUGCAUCACAGAAUCUGCCACUGAACAUGAGAUUAUUAAUGAAGGCAUCAGAACAACGAAGGCAGAGCAGGCCUUUGAUACUCACAUAGGAGUAAGAGAAAGCAGAAACAAUUUGCAUAAUUAUAGUCAGGUGUUUAAGCCUAGACCCAAAAAAAAUCAAGGUCAUGCAUACUUCUACUGUGAUUGUUGCCAGAAACUUAUUAACAAGAGAAGGGUGGUUGCUCACAUGAGGCUUCACUCAAGUGACAAACCAUUUAGGUGCUGCAUAUGUAGCCGAGCAUUUAAGCUCCCAAGCGUCUUGAGGAAGCACAUGAAAACACAUGAUUCAGCUGGACCAUAUGAGUGUAAAUUUUGCACAGUAUCCUAUAAAAGUUAUGCUGCCUUGAUGAAGCAUGCAAGGACUCAUGUGGGUGGACAACUGCACUCAUGUACACAUUGUAAUCAAGGAUUUGAGAGAAGGGAUGAACUGAUUAAACACUUGCAAACCCACUCAGAGAAGAGGCCUUUUAAGUGUGAGGAGUGUGGGGCAGCCUUUAAGGAUAUGUGCUUUCUGACCAGACAUAUGUCCAUUCAUUCCAAUCGGAGGCCUUACACAUGUAAAACAUGUGGUGCUAGCUACAAACUCAACCAUCAUCUUUCAAAUCACAUGAGACUGCACACAGGGGAGAGACCUCACAUGUGUAAGGUGUGUGGGAAGACAUUCAUGGGAUCAAGUCACCUGGCUCGGCACAUACGCACUCACUCCGACCAAAGACCUUACAAGUGCAAAAUAUGUAGCAAAGACUUCAAACGAUCCACCCAUCUUACCAAGCAUAUGUCUGCACACUCGGAGGAGAAACCACACAAGUGCUUACUCUGCAAAGCUGAAUAUAAACAUCUCAAUAAUUUAACAAAACAUUUGAAGUUGCAUGAAUAGGGGGCAUAUAAAUGGUAAACCGUUCAUCCGUGUGCCUCCUGCGUUUAUGCUCUACUAGAGUUGAUCUUGCUGACAUCCUCACACCACAUAUGUCGCAGACAUGAGCAUCUGGAUUCCCACAUCCCUUCUUGUGGGCGAUGAGAGCUAGAGCUGAAGCAUACUGUCGGCCACACUUAAGACAGUGGUAUGGUUUUUUCUGUGUGUGAACGUUCGUGUGAUCACUGAGCAGUUGCUCAUUGAAGAAGCGUUUUGUGCAACCAGGGCUAUAUUUGGAAACAAGCGCAUCACCACAGAUUGGACAGAUCAGCUUUGACUUUGCAUGUUCAAGCUUGUGUCGGCUGAGUUCUUCUUUGGAGUCAAAGGGCUUCUGACAGGCCCCACAAUGAAAGAAGGAAGAAUGAAUCUUGAGGUGUCGGUUGAAGGACUUGUAACUGCGAUACAUUUUGCUGCAUAUGUCACACUGGUAGAAGUCAUUCUCCUCCUGGUUGACUUUGUCUUCUUCAAUGGCAUCCUGGAUGAAAGGACCACUGACAAUAAUAGUUACAAAGUCAUGGAGGAAAUGCUGAUAUUGCUAUACACAGUACCUCAAGCAUGUGCACGGAUGAUCUUGAUGAUGAAUUUCUGAAUCCUACGUAAUGAAAGGCAUGUCACACAUUCUUAAAAAUACUUUGAUGAAUAAAGAGUGCUGUUUAUAUUUACCAACGCAAUAAAUAACUUUUCACUCAUG